UCCAUAAAGCCCAGAGGAUAGUGGAGAUCCAUAAAGCCCAGAGGAUAGUGGAGAUCCAUAAAGCCCAGAGGAUAGUGGAGAUCCAUAAAGCCCAGAGGAUAGUGGAGAUCCAUAAAGCCCAGAGGAUAGUGGAGAUCCAUAAAGCCCAGAGGAUAGUGGAGAUCCAUAAAGCCCAGAGGAUAAUGCAAAGCCCACUAGCGGCUGCCCAGGCUAUGCUCGUGGCAACGUCAUUUCGCUGAGUUUACCUUCAAAACUAUAAUUUUAUGGAUGGUCAGUCCUUGCAUCCAUAGCUAUGUCUAUAAAUUUGAGAGUGAUUCCAUUUCUCCAGCCCCUAUCAGCCCCUCAGCUUUUUACCGAAACAGUGGCGUGGAAUGCUUUGUUAUUGUUUCAACGGCUGUUUGGCCCUUUAAAGGUUAGGAUUGUGGGCUAGAAUGAUCUGAUCGUAGAUCUGUCGUUAGGGUCUUGUAGUGUAGAAUCCGUUGUAUAGCUGCAGUGCCGUUACUGAACGAUAGAGGGAGGCAGGGGACACGUUGAAUGCGGAAACCGGAAGUAAGGACAUUUCGUCACCCGUAGUGGGAAAUUCAAACUUCUGCAACAAAACGUCACUGAGCGAGAAGGUCGCAUAGUACAUUUCCAAAGUAUAUAUUUCCACAUUCGUGAUAACAUUUGCUGCUUUACGGACUAGAUCCAAGUUUGUAUUUAAGCGGUGAGGUUGUGUGGUCGACGAGAUGCCCAUGGACAGCGCGGCGGAACUCCUCAAGUACUAUGAAGUCUACGAGACCAUCGGCUCGGGAGGCUUUGCUAAGGUCAAGCUGGGUCGCCACAUCCUGACAGGAGAGAAGGUGGCCAUUAAAAUCAUGGAGAAGAAGGAACUGGGGGAGGACCUUCCUCGUGUGAAGGUGGAGAUAGAGGCCAUGAAGAGUCUGAGCCAUCAGCAUGUCUGUAGACUGUACCAUGUGAUUGAGACUAAUACCAAGAUAUACAUGGUGCUGGAGUAUUGUCCAGGAGGAGAGCUGUUUGACUACAUCAUAGCUAAGGACCGUCUGUCUGAAGAGGAGACCAGGGUGUUCUUCAGGCAGAUCGUCUCAGCGCUGGCCUACGUCCACAGCCAGGGGUACGCCCACAGAGACCUCAAACCGGAGAACCUGUUGAUAGAUGAAGACCACAACCUGAAACUGAUCGACUUUGGUCUCUGUGCCAAACCUAAGGGGGGUCUGAGCUAUGAGUUGAUGACGUGUUGUGGGAGUCCGGCCUAUGCUGCUCCAGAACUCAUCCAGGGGAAAGCCUACAUCGGCUCUGAGGCUGAUGUGUGGAGUAUGGGGGUGUUGCUGUUUGCUCUGCUGUGUGGAUAUCUGCCCUUUGAUGACGACAACUCUAUGGUGCUCUACAGGAAAAUCACCAGAGGUAAAUACCUCAACCCUCACUGGGUGUCUCCUGGGAGCAUCCUGCUACUCAACCAGAUGAUGCAGGUGGAUCCUAAGCGUCGCGUGACCGUCAGACAGCUCCUAGACCACCCCUGGAUGAUAUCUGGCUAUGGCAGCCCAGUAGAGUGGAACAGCAAGCAGCCUUUGGGUUAUAUAGAUGAGGACUGCAUCACUGAGAUGUCCGUCAGCCUGAGGAACUCCAGACAGAGCACCCUACAACUGGUCAAUGAGUGGAGGUACGACCAGACCACUGCCACCUACCUGUUGCUGCUCUCUAAGAAACAGAGAGGGAAGCCUGUCCGGAUCAGGCCUCAACUUCCUGUCUGUGAUGUCAUAUCCUGUUCACCUCUACACCUGGGAGUACAGAAGACUAUACUUUUCGGUGAGGAUGAUGAUGAUGAUGAAGCUGAGGACUGUUGCUGUGACGACGACCUGCCCUGUGUUCCGCUCACACCCCAACAAGAGAGAGCGACCUGUCCGUCAGCUGAAAAGAGGCGGGCCCAAACUAACCACGCCCCCACUCCAGAGAGGGAACCAAUCACACACCACCGCCGCCAGGAGAGGUGGCCGAGGCGGGAACGGACCACUGAAAACAAAGAGAAUGUUGCCGUGGCCAAUAAGGACGCUGAUAUAUUUGCUCUGCCCGCCCCCCGAUCCCCAGUAGCCAAUAGGAAGGCAACUCGGCCCAAUAAGAGAGUCUUGACUACACCAACCCAUAAUAACAGCAAGGUAGACACACCCACAGGAGGAGGCAGUGCGUCUAAGGACCCGUCGAGGAAGAGAGAGCGGGAGAGAGUGGACAGAAUGGAGGAAGAAGAGCUGGAGAUGCUGACCUUCAGCCCAGAGAGAAGGUCUCGGUCGUUAGACCUGGCGGGGGUGUCUGGGGGGGACAGCAGCCAGAAGAGGAGAGGGGGGAAGGUGUUCGGCAGUCUGGAGAGAGGGCUGGAUAAAGUCAUCACCAUGCUAACACCCAGCAAGAGACGAGGGCUAAGGGACGGACCACGUAGGAUCAAGGCCCAGUAUAAUGUAACGUUGACCAGUCAGACCAACCCAGACCAGGUGUUGAACCAGAUCCUCUCCAUCCUACCGGAGAAACACGUCGACUUCACACAGAAAGGCUACACUCUGAAGUGUCGUACCCAGGGGGACUUUGGGAAGGUCACCAUGGCUUUUGAGCUAGAGGUGUGUCUACUGCACAGACCUGAGGUGGUGUGUGUGAGGAGACAGAGGCUGAAGGGAGACUCCUGGGUUUACAAACGCCUGGUGGAGGACAUCCUCUCUACGUCCAGCAUCUAGACAUCACUACUUCCUGUUGACGAUGUCACAUCCUGUCCACGUCCAGCACCUAAAACAGGUGUCGAACUCAUUCCAUGUAGGGCAGUGUGUCUGCAGGUUCACUCCUCCCUUGUACUUGAUUGAUGAAUUGAGGUCAAGUGAUUAGUUAGGACCGCCCCCCUCACCUGGUUGUCUUCAUCUGACACAUAGUGAUUAGUUAGGACCUCCCCUCACCUGGUUGUCUUCAUCUGACACAUAGUGAUUAGUUAGGACCUCCCCUCACCUGGUUGUCUUCAUCUGACACAUAGUGAUUAGUUAGGACCUCCCCUCACCUGGUUGUCUUCAUCUGACACAUAGUGAUUAGUUAGGACCUCCCCUCACCUGGUUGUCUUCAUCUGACACAUAGUGAUUAGUUAGGACCUCCCCUCACCUGGUUGUCUUCAUCUGACACAUAGUGAUUAGUUAGGACCUCCCCCCUCACCUGGUUGUCUUCAUCUGACACAUAGUGAUUAGUUAGGACCUCCCCUCACCUGGUUGUCUUCAUCUGACACAUAGUGAUUAGUUAGGACCUCCCCUCACCUGGUUGUCUUCAUCUGACACAUAGUGAUUAGUUAGGACCUCCCCUCACCUGGUUGUCUUCAUCUGACACAUAGUGAUUAGUUAGGACCUCCCCUCACCUGGUUGUCUUCAUCUGACACAUAGUGAUUAGUUAGGACCUCCCCUCACCUGGUUGUCUUCAUCUGACACAUAGUGAUUAGUUAGGACCUCCCCCUCACCUGGUUGUCUUCAUCUGACACAUAGUGAUUAGUUAGGACCUCCCCCCUCACCUGGUUGUCUUCAUCUGACACAUAGUGAUUAGUUAGGACCUCCCCUCACCUGGUUGUCUAGGGCUUCAUCUGACACACAUCUCCCGAGUGGCGCAGUGGUCUAAGGCACUGCA